AAGCUCGGCUCGGGAUCCUCCAGCUCUAGGUGGCAGGUUCGCUCGAGCUCGGCUCAUUGACUGCCCUCCCGGCUCCCGCUCAGGGCUCAGCCGCUCAGGGCCUCAGGUUCAUCUCCUCCCGACUCCCUUCUCUCGGACUCUCCCUCGCUUGCUCUUCCUUCCCCGGCGGCGACGACUGGGCGAGCGGCGGCGCCAUUUGUCCUUUCUUCGCCCAGACCUCUGCCGGCGAUGAGCGCAUCCUCCAGCUGACACAGGAAAUUUACCUUCAUCUAUCUACUCCACAUUCUUUUGCGACUAUGGCAAUAGCGGCUAUCUACAGCCUUUUCAUCAUUAACAAAUCUGGUGGCCUUAUAUACUACAAGGACUAUGGUUCAGCAGGGAGGAUGGACACCAAUGACAGUCUAAGAUUGGCAAGUCUCUGGCAUUCAAUGCAUGCCAUCUCCCAGCAACUCUCCCCUACCCCUGGCUGUACUGGCAUUGACCUCCUACAAGCCCAUAAUUUCGAUCUUCAUUGCUUCCAAUCCCUGACAGGUACAAAAUUUUUCGUUGUAUGCGAGACUGGCGCACCAAAUAUGGAAAUGCUGCUGAAAGUGAUCUAUGAGUUAUACACUGACUUUGUUUUGAAGAACCCAUUCUAUGAGAUGGAGAUGCCGAUUCGGUGUGAGCUCUUUGAUCUCAACCUGGCACAGGUGAUCCAGAAGGACCGUGUUGCACUCUUGGGUCGGUGAAACUUGAAACCUUUAAAUGGUCUCAGCCCCAUCAUGUAUCUUUUAGUUUUUCCUCUCUCUAAAACCACACUCAGAUUUGCCCAGCUGGAAUUCUGAGAUCUAGCGGUGCGCUGGUGUAUGUAAUCGAUAACUUGAGUAGUUUGUUGCAAUCUAGGCCCUGUUUGGAAAUGAAGAGUUCUGCGUACAGAAAAUGUUGCUGCCAA